UGCUCAUUAGCCCUCAAUGGUAGUGGAGGGUUAUAAUAGCAAUUUUGGGUUAAAAGGCCCUCUUUUUGCAAAAAUAAAAUUCCCUAUGUAAGAGAAAAAGAUGACAAACCUUCACAUUUCAAAAAAACCAUCUUUUUCAUUUUUUGCUCUUCAUUUUUGGGGUUGGGCAUCUUCUCACCAUUGGAGGAGAUUUUGAAGCUUUGAAGUGAUUCUUGGACACUUGGUGGAACAUUUCUUCACUAUGGAUGCGUUAUAGCGACUAUUGGGGGGGUGAACACCGAGUAGACGAGGACCUUCUUCAACUUUUGUUUGAAGAUUGUCCAGCGUCGCCCCCACACAACUCGUCUGGGGACGAGGGGCUUAGUAGUGUGUCAGAGACGCCCGACCACCUCUACCGAGAGAGAAUAGGUGGUGAAGCAUACAACAGGCAUAUUUGGGAGCUUGAAAAAGGGAUACGAUCUUAUCUGCCCCUAGAGUGGACAUACACUCUUCCCUUUGGUGAGGUCAAUAUUCCAGUAGGGGUGCCCAUCGGCCUGUCAGGGGGGUUUCCCUUGGCCGAGACUGCUAUAACCACCUCAGAACUACCUACUAUGUUGAACGCUAUGGCUCGCACUAAAAAGAAGAGUCGGGUUAGCUCUUCUGAAAGUUCCCAUAUGGCGGAGGUCAUUACUAAACGGAGGGUAUCUGACGAUGUUGAGAUUGACUCUGCCGAUGGAGCCAUGGAGGAGAUAGUCAAAGAGUUUGAGAAAUGGGUGGAAGAGGAAGCCAAGAAUACCCUUUAUAAAGCCGCCAAAGAGAAAGAAACAACCAAGAGUUCCCAACCAGCAACUCUCAAAAUCAGUGAAUUCGCCCCUAAAGUGAUUAAGGAAGUUCGCACUUCCUGCUGCAAAACCAAGCAGACCCCCUUUGUGGACCCUUCUAGCAGUCUCACCGAGACCCAACUCCAAUAUGUGGAGGAGUUGACUGUGAAUGGCAAGGACUGCCAGUUAGUACUCUUCAGAGAUUCAUGACUGUCCGGGCAGUCUUUAAUCCCGUAACUUUACUUUUGAGACAUUUAUGUCUUUAAUCUUUUUACUUGGCCAUCGGGGCCUUUAUCUUUAUAUAUGGUUUUAAAUGUUGACUUUUGUUUAGCGUGAGCCACAUAGCGUGGGUAUAUAUUUAUAGUCAACCAUUCACCACACACAAGUUGCUCAAAACAUUGAGUAUUGCACCGACACUCUAAAGAUUUUAAUAUCUACUUAAGCGAGGGUGCAUUUUUGCUUACUAGUCCAUAUAUGGGUGUGGUUGCCCCCCAAGUGACUAUGUAGGUUUACCUCUUGGUCACUUAUCUUAUGACCGGGGUGUUACCUUUAAGUCUUGGUUGCUCACUAUUACCCAUAUAUCUAUGACCAUUGUGAGGCUUGCAAUUUGAUUCAAUAACAAUCAUACAAGCUGCGUCAUUAUAUGAAAAUAACUUGCAAUUUUAUUGAUAAAUGAAAUUGGCGACAACGCCUUAUUACAUCACUACGUAGUAGUAUGUGAUUAAAACUAAAGCAAAUCUAAAAGAAAAGACUAAAUACUAAUAAAGAUUCUAAGUUGCUUACGGGCACACCCUUAGCAUGAAUUGUUGCUGAAAAGCAAUUGUUAUUGAUAAUAUUUGCGGAGGUGUUGGCCGUUCCAAUAUCGGGGUACUGGUAUAAGGUUCAUGUUAGAGUCAUACCGGCCGAGCCUAUACGUGCCGGGGGGUACAACUUCUGUAACCUCGUAUGGACCUUCCCAAUUUGGCCCCAAUACUCCUGCUGUUGGGUCUUUAGUGUUGGCCAAGACUCUGCGUAGUACUAGAUCUCCUACCUUGAAGCUUCUUUCCU